AUGACCAGGAGACGUGCUUCGCUAGCUUGCGAUACGUGUCGGAAGCAGAAGGAAAAGUGUGAGGGGGGCUUUCCUUGCUGGAGAUGUCAACGAUUAGGUCGGCUUUGCCACGUCCAAGAAGCGACAGCCGCAAAGAAGUCAUCAACCAAGUCCAUCAACCAGUUGACUCAUUCAAAUCAAGAGAAGCGAGAUCAGCACGUUCAAAAUCUGGAGCAUAUUGUUCGGCAUUGUCUUGGAGAUGUGCCAUUGGACGAGGAAAAUAUCGGGCGCAUUGCGGCGAGAUGUUCGUCAAAUAACAAUAAGGACAUGCAGAACUUGCUGAAAGUGAACGAGUCUUUUGAUGUCCAAUUUGUGUCUGGAAACGUCGCUUUCUAUUCCGGGGAGUUUUCACAUUGGAAUUUCGCAGAGAAACUGCGCCGAACAACACGCUCGGGCCGUAGUAGUGUCAACGUUGGGGUCAAGGAAUACUGGCGUCCCACUCAUCUCCAGUCCUCUGCACAAAUCGUCGCCGAAGCCUUAACCCAGCUACCUCCAAGGCCAAUUGCAGAAUUUCUCAUUGGUGUGUUUUUUCGAUACGAAGAGUUAAACUCGUUCUACCUAGAGAAGAGUUGGAUUCAAGACAAACUGGCACUAUGUUAUGACUUGACGACUGUGUAUACUGUCAACGAUAUCCCUUGGGUGUGCACUUUCUUCGCUGUUCUGGCCAUUGGAACACAAAUGGCACACAUGGACGAUGACAGUCACGACUCGACUUCGGAAGGACUAGCGGAGCUCAGUGAUUGCUCUGAAGACUCGGUGGGCUUGGUGUUCUAUCAUGUAGCCUCCAAGUUGAUUCCCGAUGUGUUUCUAGCCGCCUCGUACGAAAGUGUCCAGGCUUUUCUACUUCUUGCGACGUGGGCCAUGCCAAUAUCCACCGGAGGCCUGUCCUAUACAUACUUUGGUCUAUCGAUGAAAAUGGCAAUACAGAACGGCAUGCACCGGAAGUAUGUUGGGGAUGACUGUGAUGGUCGGACAAUCGAGUUGAGGAACCGGUUAUUCUGGACGGUCUACACACUUGAAAUGCAAACAAGGAUCUUUCACGGGCGUCCAUGCUCACUGGCCCGGUCAGAUAUUAAUGCAGACCUGCCGAAGUCACACCCUGCCUUUCAGUCACCCAAUUUCACCAACAUGAUGGCUUUCAUCAAGUUAGUCUCCUGGAUGGGCGAGGUUGCCGACACACUAUCGCAGUUUAAAAGAUGUCCCCGGAGGGUGCUAGGCGAAUACUCUGAACGACUUGUCCAGCUGAGAAUUCAUAUCAAGGAAUGGUGGGAAUCUUUACCCACGACAAUUGAGUGCCGAGACUAUGACCCCAAGAGGCCCUUGUUUCGCCAAAAUUCGCACAUGAAACUCUGUUACUUACUUAUCUUCAUCUACAUGGGCCGUCCAUUCAUUUUCAAAAAUGAGGACCAAGAGAGGCCCUCCAGUGACAUUCGCCAAAUUUUAAGUCCUCGCUCUGAGCUUGUGGAAGAUUGUGUGCAAAGUGCGUUGGGGAUUCUCGCAACAUUACAAUCGCUGUCGGAUAAUAUUGGUCUCUGUCGCGCCUCAUAUACCGAAUUCAGCUCCUGUCGGGCAGCACUCCUAGUGAUUCUCGCCGAGAGCCUCAACUCUGGAAGAUCUCCGAGCCUUCAAAAUAGCUUGAAUCAGGGGAUGAUUUUGAUACGCCAGAUGCUAGGUGGCACUGCAUCCGAAUCCGAGAUCUCAUAUAUCGAAUCGAUCGAAGCCGCCAUUCGCCACCUAUCAUCAGGCGACGAGGGAAGCGAAAGCACAACGGUCAACCACCAUCAGAGUUCUACAUCGGCUUACGCUAAAUUUAAAGACUGGACCCAAUCUAUGAAAAAGGACAGGCGUGCCUCGAAUACUCAAGAGCUGGCAUCUUUCAGUCCUCUGUCAUAUGAUCCGUCUGGAGGGGAUAGUCUACUACAAUCGGAGAAUAACGCCCUGAGUGAGUUUUUCACUCCGGACUGGACAACGAGUGAUAUAGGGCUUGAUUUGGAAGGUUUUCUUCAGUCGUAA